AUGGAUAUAAUGCUAAUCAUAAAUACGCUUACUUUAUCAUUUCUACUCGGUCUUAGUACAAAUAAUGAAUUAGAUGUUGAACCUGUUAAAACAAUUCUUGAAGAUACUUAUAUAACAGGGUGGAAUAGCUGGAGAAAAAAUGGUGAUAAGUAUGUUGGGUGGAGAUAUCAAAGUCUUGCUGGAACAGGUCAAAUUGUUUAUGGUGUAUGCGAGAAAACUAAUUCAUUAUUAUAUGGUCAAGUGAAAGAUUCACAGACAUCUCAUAAUUUAACUGGUAAUUCUAAGAAGUUAACAUCUGUUGAAGAGAAAAAUUAUCCAUUUGAAUUUUGGUUAUUCAGUCCAUUAUAUAAAGUGGAUACAGUUUUGAGUAUUCAAUUGGAGCUUACUUAUCAAAUGAAAAGUUGUUUACAAUUAGGAUAUACAUAUCAGUCUAUUGAAUGCAGAGAACGUUUAGACAUUCUGGUCUAUCAUACUGAUGUACAAUUACAAUCUACAACAACAAAUGAUUUCACACAAGAGCAUAUAUUAUCAUUUCAAGAAGGCCAGUCCCCUACAAAUGAACUUAUAAGCAGUUCUUUAAAACGAAUAACAAUUCAAAUUCGUCCUAAAAUGAAAUGGUUACAAAUAGCAUUUCGUGAUAAUGGUGCUUGUAUUCUAAUUGAUCGAUUAAUCGUCUUUCAUUUAUCUUGUCCAGCAAUAAAGAUUCAUUUAUUAAAUUUACCAGAAACUGAAGCAGGAUACAAUAAAGAAGUGAGACAUAUUCAUGCUCAAUGUAUUCCUGGUUCAAUUUACGCACAUCAAAAGUUAUUUGAUAAUGAUCAGAAUACUUUCAAAAAUCAAGGGAAAUAUAAUCAAUUAUUGAAGAUUAAUGAUAAAAACACUGGAUUAGCAUUUUGUAUGACUGAUGGUAAAUGGCGUUUACCAGAAAAUCAUGGUUGUGUAUGUGAUGCAGGCUACGAAUUCAUUGAACAUACAGAAACAUGUCAAGUUUGUCCUAGGGGCAUGUUUAAAUCAUCACCAGGCCAACAACCUUGCAGUUUAUGUCCAUUAAAUUCAGUAGCACCCCGUGCUGGUUUUCGAAUAUGUCACUGCCUUUCAGGAUAUUUUCGUAUUGCACCAAAUUUGUCUGCUGAACAUAGUUGUUUAGGUCCACCUUCAGCUCCAAGAAAUUUGAAUGCUAUUCAUAUCAACGGGACAUCAGUGAUACUGUCAUGGGAUUCACCGAUUCGUUUAGGUGGUUUUCAUGAAACAUUAUAUCAUGUUCAGUGUCAAGGAUGUCAAAUGGAUACAGUCAAAUACAAACCAGGAAAUCAUUUAAAUGAGACUAAAGUAACCGUGACUGGUCUUAAUCCACAAACACGCUAUCAGUUUGAUGUUUACGCGCAAAAUGCUGUAUCGACUAGAACAGAAAGUAUGUGGACUAAUGUUGCCAGUGUCAUGGUUACAACAGGAUCAGCGCCAACGUAUUUGAUUACGAAUAUUCGAAAUAAGUGGAUCAAUCAGAGUACAGUUCAUAUAAAAUGGGAAAUUUUCCAAGUCACCUCAAACUCUUUAUCAUCAUCAUCGUUAUCAACACCCUUGUCAUCUGUAAGAAAGUACUCAGAAAUAUCACCAACUUCAUUAUCAAACGAAAAAUCAACAUAUAUUUCUCAAUAUCUUUUGAAUUCUGAUGAGCUUAUAGAAGACAAAAUUUCAGUUUCUUCUGUUUCUCUCACAUUUCAAUUAUGUUUAUUUGAUAAAAUGAAUCAAAAUUUCAUACUGAAACCUUUUACUCCAAUACUGUAA